AUACACAAGUUUAAUUUUAUUUUUAUAAACCAUGCUUUAAAUUUGUGAUAAAACUAACAAUAAUAGUGUGAAAAGGGAAUUAAGAAAAAUGGAUAAGGUGUUAAAUUCAUCAAAAAACUUUGACUCAAAACGGGAAGACUAUUUAGAAUGGGAAGAAUAUUUUAUGGCUACUGCUUUCUUGGCAGCCAAGCGAAGCAAAGAUCCUUGUUCUCAAGUUGGUGCUUGUAUAGUUAACGAAAAUAACGUUGUUGUUGGAAUAGGUUAUAACGGAAUGCCCAAGGGAUGUCAAGACAAUAAUUUUCCAUGGGGUAAAAUGUCAGACGAUCCUUUGCUCAAUAAAUAUAUGUAUGUGUGUCAUGCAGAACUGAAUGCUGUACUUAACAAAAACAGUGCAGAUGUGAAAAAUUGCAUCUUGUAUGUAGGUCUUUUUCCUUGCAAUGAAUGUGCUAAAGUUAUUAUACAAUCCGGUAUAAAAGAAGUUGUUUAUUUAUCUGAUAAACAUUGCCUUAAAGCAAGUACAAUCGCCUCAAAGAAAAUGUUUGAUGCUGUUGGUAUCAAAUAUAGGCAAUUUAUUCCAAAACACUCCAAAAUUGUGAUAGAUUUCAAUGAAAUAAAUGAGAAUCCUAUGACGCAACUUCCUGAAACCCCCAUAAAAGAUGUCAAAUGUCAAAAGCAACUUGUAACGGAAAAUAAAGAAAUGUGUAAUAAUUUAGAAAAAAUACUUUUAUGACAAAAGCCUUGUUUUUUUAAGUGGCCAAAAAAAAGAAGGACAUCUUUUAUAUCAUACAGUGUGUACAAAAAGUAAUAUAAUUUGGAUAGUAUACUUAAAGUAUCAAUAAUCUUAUUUUUAAAAUCGUAUAACCCUAAAACAUUAUUUACGAAUAUUUAUUGCGAAAUUAAAGAGCAGAAUUAAUUAGUUUUGCUUAAUUAGAUCCUCAAAGUGCCUUACUUAUCCUAGUUGAUAGUAUAUCCGAUUAUAGUAAUAGCCACGUAAUCGUAAUUUCUGCUGCGAUCACCACAACUCACCAGAAUCCUUUUCCAUACUAACCGAGUCUAAAAAAGUAAAUAAAAUAUGCAUACAUUUGUGAAGAAUUUUCCAUUUGGAGUUUUCUCCAUGUUCCUUUAAUAACCCAUUGAAUGAAAUCUCUCGUUAUCUUACUUUUAGUUCACACUGGACGAAUGACAUAAAAGAUAGGUAAUGUCAUUUUCUUGUAAUCCUAUACUUAAAUCAGUGAAAUCGCUUUACAUUUGUAUCGAAUCGAUUAUACUUACAUUUGUAAUAUUUAUAAUAAAAUCUGGUGUUG